AAUAAAAUAAAAUAAAAAAGGCCUCCCCUUUUUCCUCCUCAGCGGUAAAUGGCGGUCUACUGCAGUUGCCUCUCUUGCUGCUCCAUUCUCUCUCUCCCUCUCUAAUUCCAAUAAAUUUUAGGGUUACGAGUCAAUAGAUCCCUCUAGGGUUCUGAUUUUGAUUCGAUUCACCGGGGAAGAGAGGAUCUUUAUACCUAAAUCCUCCACUAGGUCCACCGAAUCCUUUCGAUUGAUCUCUGGAGUUUUGUCGAUUUGUGGUUCGUUGACUGUACGAAUUAGGGUUUCCAGAGAUUGGAUCAUGGUGAGCGGUCAUCUGUUUCAUUGCAGGAAGCACUCUUGGCCUGCUGAUGAGUAUGUCAACAGAACUACUCUUCAAUUGUUGGACUUUGAUGGUGGUGCACCACCACGGCAGGCAUGGAGAAGGAGAUUGAACAGCCAUGCUAAUAAAUUAAAGGAAUUUAGUGUGACAUUUAUGGAAGCUAUGAGAAUGCUUAGUCUUGGUCUUCGUCUUUGGUCAUAUGUUCGAGAAGAAGCCUCUUAUGGAAGGAAAGCACCAAUUGAUCCAUUUACCCGAGAAAGUUGUAAGCCCUCAGCUUCUCUUGGGGUCCCACUUGGAGGAAUGGGAAGCGGAAGCAUAUCUAGAGGUUUCAGAGGGGAGUUUAAACACUGGCAGAUUCUUCCUGGACAAUGUGAAAUGUCUCCAGUCAUGACGAAUCAGUUCUCUAUUUUCAUUACUCGAGAUGGAGGAAGCAAAAAAUUCUCUUCAGUUUUAGCCCCUGGUCAUCACGAAGGAAUAAAGAAAUCUGGUGAUAAAGGAAUAUCAUCUUGGGACUGGAACCUGAGCGGUCAGCAUUCCACAUAUCAUGCUUUAUUUCCCAGGGCGUGGACUGUAUAUGAUGGUGAACCAGACCCAGAACUCAAAAUAUCAUGUCGACAAAUAUCUCCAUUCAUACCUCACAACUAUCAGGAGAGCAGCUACCCUACGUCUGUGUUUGUGUACACUUUAGUGAACACUGGGAGAGAGAGAGCAAAGGUCAGCUUGCUCAUGACUUGGGCGAAUUCUAUUGGCGGAGUUUCUCAUCUGUCUGGAGAUCACGUCAAUGAGCCAUUCAUUGGAGAAGAUGGAGUAUCUGGGGUGCUUCUACAUCACAAGACUGCUAAGGAUAAUCCUCCAGUUACUUUCGCUAUUGCUGCAUGCGAAACUCAAAAUGUGAACGUAACAGUGUUACCGAGUUUUUGGCUUUCAGGGGAUGAUCGUGUUACAGCUAGCGACACGUGGGCUGCUAUGGUGCAGGAUGGACAUUUUGGGCGAGAGAGUUUCAAUUCUGGCCCCAGUAGACCAUCCUCGCCAGGAGAUACUCUUUGUGCAGCAGUCUCAGCCUCUACUUGGGUGGAGCCUCACGGAAGGUGUACUGUUGCAUUUGCUUUAGCCUGGUCAUCCCCUAAAGUAAAAUUUCAGAAGGGAUGCAUUUAUCACAGGAGAUAUACGAGAUUCUUUGGAACUUCUGAGAGAUCAGCUGUUGAUUUGGUGCAUGAUGCAUUGACAAAGUAUAAGUGCUGGGAAGAAGAGAUUGAGAAAUGGCAAAAUCCUAUUCUCAUGGAUGAAAAGCUUCCAGAAUGGUACAAGUUUACUCUUUUUAAUGAGCUCUACUUUUUAGUUGCUGGAGGAACAGUCUGGACAGAUGGUGAAGCUCCUGCUUUUGACGAGAGGCUAAAAUUUUCUAAAAAAAAAGACAAAUCUAUGAAGAUUUCAAAGCCUAAAUCCACGAAACAUAACAAGGCAGCUUUGGUUGGGCACACUGCCACUGUUUCUGUGACGCGCAAUGAAGAUGCAAAUGUUAUUGGUUCAUUGGAAGGAGCUGCGGGACACGAACUGUCAGACUGUGAGAAGGAAAGUGGUCCUGAAAUUGUACAGGGUGGAUCUCAUCCAAAUGCCCAUCUUGAUGCUGAAAAUGUUGGGAGGUUCUUGUACUUAGAAGGAGUAGAGUAUAUCAUGUGGUGUACUUAUGAUGUACACUUCUAUGCAUCUUUUGCUCUUCUUGAUCUCUUCCCAAAAAUUGAGCUAAGCAUCCAGCGUGAUUUUGCUAGGGCUGUCUUAGCCGAGGAUACAAGGAAAAUAAAGUUCUUGGCAGAUGGUAAUUGGGGGAUCCGUAAAGUUAGAGGUGCUGUUCCUCAUGAUCUAGGAACUCAUGAUCCUUGGCAUGAAAUGAAUGCGUAUAAUAUACAUGACACGAGUAAAUGGAAGGAUCUCAACCCAAAGUUUGUGCUUCAGGUGUAUAGGGAUUUUGCGGCAACUGGUGACAUGGCUUUUGGGAGGGAAGUCUGGCCAGCAGUUCGUGCUGCCGUUGACUACAUGGAGCAGUUUGAUCGCGACGAAGAUGGUCUUAUUGAGAAUGAUGGCUUUCCAGAUCAAACCUAUGAUGCUUGGACAGUGCAUGGCAUCAGUGCCUAUUGUGGAUGCUUGUGGCUUGCUUCGCUGCAAGCUGCAGCGGCAAUGGCUCAUCGUCUUGGAGAUCAUGCCUUUGCAGAGAAAUGCACUAUUAAGUUUAUGCAAGCUAAGCAGGUGAUAGAAUCCAAACUAUGGAAUGGUUCAUACUUCAAUUAUGACAGCGGGACAAGUAGCAACAGUCGCUCUAUUCAGGCAGAUCAACUGGCAGGGCAAUGGUAUGCUGCUUCUUCGGGGUUGCCCUCACUUUUUGAUGAUAGUAAAAUCAAAAGCGCACUUCAGAAAAUAUUUGACUUUAAUGUGAUGAGGGUUGGAGGAGGGCGUAUGGGAGCAGUUAAUGGAAUGCAUCCUAAUGGAAAAGUUGACGAAUCUUGCAUGCAGUCACGUGAAAUCUGGACUGGUGUGACUUAUGCUGUAGCUGCCAACAUGCUUCUUGCUGGUAUGGAGCAGCAGGCGUUUACUACUGCAGAAGGUAUUUUUACUACAGGCUGGUCAGAAGAAGGAUUUGGGUACUGGUUUCAGACCCCUGAAGCAUGGACAACAGAUGGACAUUACCGAUCAUUAAUCUAUAUGCGCCCUCUCUCAAUCUGGGCAAUGCAAUGGGCACUGUCUCCACCAAAGGCAAUUAUCGACGCCCCAAAAGUUAACGUUAUGGAGAGGAUCUACAUUUCCCCGCUCACAAUUAGGGCUCUCAACGAGAACACGGGAGUGAAGAAGAUUCCCCCUAAAGCCGGUUGUUUCAGCAGUGCGGUCUGUCACUGUGACUGCUAAAAUAUCAGCAAGCAGGCAACUGGGUUUUAGUGUAUUUUAACGUGUUGUAUAGAGUAUAGGAUGCUCAGUUUGUUUUCCUGAACCCUUGAAAGAAUGAGAGGAGGGUUUGGGAGUUUUUUUUUCCCAUGAGAACAGUAAAAAUAAAGCUUGUAAUGUAGGAAAAUUUAGGUAGUCACAAAUCUGAUGAUUCCUUUUCUGUAUUAUUGAAUCUGUACAAGAUGUAGAAAUGUUGUUCGCCUUCGUUUCUACAGAAGGUCAUUCUGUCCGGAGAUUUGAGCUCAUCAUUUUUGUA